AUUAAACGUUGCAAAAAAAGUCUGAAUGGUAAGCAUUAGGCAAGGCAAACCAUGGGCUCGUUGGAAGAUGGUAAAAACAUAGUGUGAUGCUUUCGGGGUUACGCUACACAUUCUUUUUAAUAUCCCUUUCCUUAAUGUGUUAUAUCAAAUUCGCCGUAACACGUGAAUCUUAAACUGUAUUUAAAGGAUGACCUUUUGUUUACUAUGAACAUAUUGCUGGUAGUUCAUCUUCCACGACCGUCGUAACAAAAUAGAACUUAUCCACAAAUUAGUUAUUGCCUGUAUUCGAUAUCAUUCUUCAAUCCGUUGAAGGAAAAUUGAAAUAUGCCCAUUUUCAUUUGUAGUCUUUCAUUUAUAUUUGUGCUUUGUGCAGGAGGAUACCAAGGCAAAAAUAAUCAAUGGUAACUCUGUGCACACAACCACUACCACUACAACGACCACCACCACUGCCUCAGUGUCACUUCCUCCGAAAUGCCGAAACAUUGAUGAUGAUGAUGAUGAUGAUGAAGGAUUUCUCCUUCCAGAAUUCAAUGAAAUGGUUAUGGAAGAAUUUGGCGGAGACGUAGGCAAUAUCGCAAGCUCACCUGCAGCAAGAGUAAGGGAAGAUGCAUCUAAUGAGCAUGAAAUUUUCAAGCUCAGAGAUUUGGUUAGAUCUCUGCAAGAAAGGGAAAAGACCCUGGAGAUACAACUUUUGGAGUUGUAUGGUUUGCAGGAGCAAGGUGCUGCAGUUAGGGAGCUUGAGAACCAACUGAAGAUAAACAAUGUCGAGUCACAGCUAUACUCCUUGAAGAUCGAAUCCUUGCAAUCUGAAAAUCAGAGGUUACAAACACAGUUGUCUGAAAGCUCAAAGUUAACUUCCCAGCUUGAGUUGACAAAAUCAAAAUGCAAGCUGUUGAAAAAGAAGUUGAGACUGGAUGCGGAACAAGCAAAGGAGAAAAUCACUUCCCUUCAGAACAUAGUUGAUUCCUUUCAGUGUAAGGAGAUUAUUGAGGGAGAAGUUGACGGCGAGGCUGAGAAGAAAUUAAAGAGGCUAGAGGAAUUGGAAAAUGAGGCAAGAGAGCUUAGAGCUGCAAAUUCAAGGCUGCAGCAGGAGAAUUCACACCUUACUAGGCGAUUGGAGUUCACACGCCUACCGCCUGUACCCAAGUCCCACAAUAGCAUGGAGGUAAAAACAUCAGAACAAGUUGAUGGGUUGAAGCAAGAAAACGAGAAGUUGUCAAAAGAGGUUGAACAACUGCGGACUGACAGGUUUGCAGAUGUUGAGGAGCUGGUAUAUCUUAAAUGGAUCAAUGCUUGCCUGCGGCAUGAGCUGAAGAACAAGGGGACUCCUGGUCCUGGGGCACAAACUACAGCACAGGAUCUAAGCAACACCCUAAGCCCCAAAUCUGAACAGACAGCCAAGCAAUUGAUAAUGGAGUAUGCCAAUGUUGGUGCGGACGAGAGAAGUUUAAGCUCCAUAGAAUUUGGCUCAGAGUACGCUUCUUCAAGGGCAUCAUCAAGUGGCGAACCCGAUGACACAUCGAUCGAUAUGUCAUCAGUCACAACGCCCAGAAACCCGAAGAAGAAAGAGAAGAAGAAGUUUUUCUCUAAGCUACGGAAAUUGGUACUGGGAAAAGAUAAGGAAGAGAACAAUUUCCCUACUUUGGAGAGGAGAGUGUCUAUUUCGAGCUGUUCCUUUGAUGACUUCACUGGAAGAGACUCGCAUGAUAGCUACUCUUCCUUCUUGACAGAAGGAGCCGUAUCUGCCAAUCAGCAGCAUGACGAUCGCAGCUGCGUUACGCCUUCUUUUGGCAGCCAAAGAUAUAGCACAGAAGCAGGAGAUGGAAGAUACCAGCGUCAUGGGGUAAAAAAGAAUGCAUCUUUCGGAUCCGGAAGAUUCAGUGAACAUGGUUCUCAGUUUGAUAGUGGUGAGGCCACAAUACCAGAAGAUGUUGAGAUCCACAAAUUCGCCGAGGCACUGAUUACAUCAAGGACAGGUUCUAUGUCAUCCAGAAGGACAUUAUCCUUCAGCUAACUGAUAAAAAACCAGUAGCUAGGAGUCAUGUGAUGCUGACCAUCUUGUCUGGAUGUAUAUUUUUGCCAGACCCUGAUGGUGAAGUGAUAGGAGAUGUUACUGGAAUGAAGUAUCCAAGACUUCAUUCUGUGUGAAAUGUACAAUCAUGUAUAAUAGUAUAGUGCAAUGACCUUUAAUCUCAAUCUUUGCCGUUCA